UGGGUGACUGUAGGCAUCCCAAUCCCAAGAGAGGGGGAAAAGGUGGAUUUUUAGGCUGCAAAAGCGAGGCAGGCUUUGGAGAUAGGCGUGGUGUAUUUUGUAUUUUCGCAUAUUCAUUCAUGCUUCAUUCAUGCUUCAUCGCACGAUCACGCGUCGAGUGACAGUGAUUGAUGCCAACUGCAACCUGUCAAGGAGGGUGAACGGCUAGCGGUGAGAGUGAGCUGCACUCGAAGAAGCAUUUGAACUGUGACCAGAUUCAAGGAAUUUCAAGCUAUUCUAUUCCUGUUGGACUUCAAAAAAAAGAUCCCCAGGACUUGCUGAGAGCGGAGCACAAUAACUGUCUGGCAAUUUCAACCCAGAGGCGGAACCGAGGUCUUGCCUUGUCAGGCACAAGUUGUUUGUUGGGUUAGCAGUCGCCAUUGUCGAUAACGAGAGAGCAGAGACCAGAGCGACAACAGACGAGGUGCUCGCAGUUGCUUCCCUGAAGAAACGGAAUGGUGUGGGAAAUGGAUGAAAAGGGAGCCUCAAACUCGAAGCGCAAAGUACUCGUUGCUGUGGAUCACUCAGCUGGAAGUCAGUAUGCCUUGAAUUGGGCGCUAGAGAAGCUGAUCACUCCACGCGACCAGGUAAUCUUGCUCCAUGUGAGGGACGAUGAGCCGAAGAGCUCCUUCGAUGACGAAUCCGGAAUCGGUGAGCUGUCUGCGAUCCCCUACCUUCCCCGAUUUAUCCUGCAGUGCUGGCGUCCCGAGUUCCCCGGCGAUGGUGCUGGAGGUUUCGCCGGUGGGCCUCUCGGGCGCAACCUUGAAUUGGAGCAGGCGGUCUCUUCUGACAGUGAGAUCGAGAGCUUAACCCCUCAAGACAUCGACAAAAUGGUAGCCCAGUGUUUAGACAAACAAAUCCGCGCUGAGGCGUUGACGGUCCAGGGAGACCCGCGCGAACGGAUUGUCGAAGAAGCUAUCCGACGAGACGUGGAUUUGCUCGUCAUUGGCAGUCGCAGUCCGAUGAAAAGAACACUCAUUGGCAGUGUCAGUGACUACUGUAUGCAGCAGUCUCCAUGCCCUGUCGUUGUCGUCAAGCCUCCCGUCCAGCUAGGGCAAGUCUGAGUUUCUUGUACCAUCGAGGAGUGUGUGUGCCCUUUAAUUGCCCGCUGUUUUGUCUGUCUGCCUGCCUGCGCUCACGAAAACUGGGCAGCCCCCUGCAAAAGAUUCUGGUGUCAUGCUGCCUGUCUCACCACUCGUACCCUGGAUAUCCUUGUCCUUUGUUUGCAUUUUUGGUUCCUACGAUCUGAGGGCUCUGUGUGUGAGCAGAGGAGGUGUCAAGUAGGAGUCUAUCGAUGAUGGGCAGGGAGAGGGGGGGAUUAGCUUGCUCAUGUACUCGCCAAAUAACAUGCUUCUCCCUACCUCUUACCCAGUUAUAGCAGACCUUUGUGUGUGAGCAGAGGAGGUGUUGAGUAGGAGUCUAUGGAUGUGAUGGGCAGGGAGAGGGGGGAUUAGCUUGCUCGUGUACUCGCCAAAUAACAUGCUUCUCCCUACCUCUCUUACCCAGUCAUAGCAGACCUUUGUGUGUGAGCAGAGGAGGUGUUAAGUAGGAGUCUAUGGAUGAUGGGCAGGGAGAGGGGCGAUUAGCUUGCUCACGUACCUGCCAAAUAACGUGCUUCUCCCUACCUCUUAGCCAGUUAUAGCAGACCUUUUAUGCUCCAUUCGAAGGUUUGUUGAUGAGAAAAGCGGAAAUGUUACUCGAGACCCUUGGGGGGGUUGCUCAUGGAUUCCUGGCAGGGCAUUGCUUGGACGUGCAGGCUAUGCAUGUAGUCGUUCGGCAUUGUAAUUCGCUCAGCUAUCGCCUAGUCGUACUUGGUAUCGUUGAUCUGCCUCCUUCACUCUAUCUUGGUAGCCGGUCACUCUUCUAUAUGACCGCGUUCUUACCGCUUCGCUUUUAUUUGCUCACAUUAUGGCGUCCGAACAUCUGUGUUCGCGCUCCUGUUUUGGAGUUGUUUUCGUUGGCUCCCCAGGCGGUGCACAUUGAACCCGCAUCGCCCCUCCUGUUUUGGAGACCAAGCAGUGUUUUUUUUUGCGUCUUUUUUGUUCCGCAGGCGCCUCCUUGUAUGCCAAUGACGCAUUCUCACGGUUUUCUUUUCAGUAACUUGCAACCUGUCAAUGCCCGAUCAAACUCCUCCGGUCAACUCCCGGUCAACGCCCGGUUAACGCCCGGUAAAGCGGUGGGUGACAAGUGCCGAUGAGUAUAGAACUGAGAGAUUGCAUUUUGGGUGCUGCUGCUGCUGCAAGUGAGGCUGCCGUGCGGCCAGGAGAUACGCAGAACUGGAACUAAGGACACCCUACUAGGUUCUUGACUCUUAAAGCACCAGUACAUGGUCACCUGGGUCGCGGACCUGACACCUCGAAUUCUGGAAGCGCGGAAACGAAAACGCCACCGCUGAUCCAAUUUAUCAAAGGCAGGCCCCCCGUUUGAUGUUUCAGCCUCGUUUGCUUGUGGCAACAAGUUUCGGACUGCAAGGCUGGGGCCGUGUACUAGUGGUUUAAGGUCCGGCUAUGCCGCGCAGCUACCAUGCUUUUCUGCUCGACUAUGAGACGUCCUUUUGAGCACAAGUGCGUGCUCUGUCUGAGCACAAGCACGCUCUUUGAGGGUCCACGCAUGGUCUGAAGCUUUUCAGUACUGUGAGGGAUGUCGUAUAGAACUGAGAGAUCGCAUUUUGGUGCUGCUGCUGCUGCAAGUGAGGCUGCAGUGCGGCCAGGAGAUAUGCAGAACUUGAACUAUGAGACGUCCUUCUGAGCACAAGUGCGUGCACUAUCUGACCACAAGCGCGUGCACUAUCUCUUGUGUGGUAAUAAAUAUAUGUUACAACACAAACAUUUUCUAUGACUUUUCCGUUUUGCAAAAAUGCUGUCUGGCUGGCGAUCUGUUCCGCAAGGGCCAAGGAGGCCAUUUGCCGGCAUCCAGGGUCCGCAUGGAUGCGCAGUGCAGCUGGAAAUGGCGAUAUUUGGUUUAGCAUCUUGACAGUGUGAGACUGAACGAAAUAUGAAAGUCGUCUCAGUCAGACGGCUUCGUCAAACGUUGCAUGGCCAGACAGUGCAUGGCUGGACGCGGCAUGGAGAUGAUGGGUGGAGGGAUUUGCAUGGGAGGGACGGACUGCUCUCGAGAAAGGCCGAAGAGUUUUGUACCUAUAUAGGCCAGAUACGCUGUUCAUCAUGCUUCUCUUGUCUCAUCAAGCAACGCCGCUGCUCUGCUGACGGGGGGCAUGAUUCAUAACAGUCAGCAUGGGUCUUUACAGGACUGCAGCGGCAUUGAAAAUGUCUAGGUACAUGCGAUGUCUAGGUACGGCAAUGAUGUCUGAAGUGCAUGGUUAGGUUGUCAUUCCACGUACGGGUUUGUCAGCGUCUUCUCAGAUUUUUGACGGAGGAGAAGUUUCUCUCAGAAAGUCUCUCUCAAUUCAACUCAUGUUUUUGUCAGAUUUUUCAUGGAAGCUAAGUUUUUGUACCUGAAGAGUCGAGUCAGGACAGGAUGAGCAAAAAUGACGCUAAAAAGCGGCUAAAAGCAACUCCCUAUGUACGCACCUGCUAACAUCGGUUCGUUUGAUGCAUCUGGUCCUUGGGGUGCUGUCAGGGCGAGAGAAGUGGUGGAUAUUAGAGCAGAGUAGUAGUAGUGGGGAGGGGAGGAGGGAAGUUCUGGUGGAGCCGUUGUUGGAUUUCUGGCACUUCAUGCCAGCUGCCAUGCUUGAUGAAGAAUGGAUGCUCUCAAACCGUGGCUGCUGCACCAGUAGUGGGUUAUGCUGAGGACCUGAUUUUGACAUAGGCCGGCUGGGUUGUUUUGUGAAGGUCAUCUUUGAUGCACUUGUGUCAUGAGGAAUGGCAGGAGAACCCCUGGGCAGAGAUGUGUUGAAGAAUGAGUUCGCACAAGUCCUACAUCAUUCCCCCUUGGGGGAAGAUGAUGGCUCUGGCCCUCUGGGAGUCUCUGCACUGGGACAGAAAGGAAAAGCAGGUUGCCAUGGUUUUGCUCUGUGAUGUGCUUUUAAAAAAAAGUUGAAGAACUACCAAGUGUGUUAUAUCAAGUUAUAUAUUACCCUUGGCCGUAACUAUAGUAUGUGAUGGAUGACGGUGGAGGCGAAAACUUCUGAAAUGGAAUAAGUGACGCUGGUGCUGACUGAAAGAAUAAGUCGUCAUUUCGCCUAGCACUGGUACCAGGAUGAUAUGUUAGGUCACGGAAAUAGGCCGCAAGCUUAGAGAUCGCCCCUGUGCUGCCAACGGUGGGCGCAAGAGGAAGUGGGGAAGACUCGGGUUGGGGUCUCAUUGGGAUCCUCGAUGGUAAGCAAUUGUUGUGACAUUGUGAUUGAGAGAUGGUCGACUCUGCAAGUCUCUGCGUCCUGACUGCAGCAGUGUCUGCAUUCUGGUGGAGCUGGUUGUAUAUAAUAACCUUUGGACGGCAACACCGUUGAUCUUUCUCUCUUGAAAAAAACAAUGGCUGGCAUUUUUCCGAACCUGAUCUUCAGACCGACAUCUUUCUUUACGUGAUCUUCGGGCCGACAUCUUUCCUUACCUGAUCUUCGGAGAGCGACUUGGCGGGGAAUCUACAGGUGAAGGUUCUCUCCUUGAUGAUCUGGUCGCGCGAUCGGGCCGACAUCUUUCCUUACCUGAUCUUCGGACAGCGACUUGGCGGGGAAUCUACAGGUGAAGGUUCUCUCCUUGAUGAUCUGGUCGUGAUCGCCAAUGAAUUGUUGUGAUGUGCGAUGGCGACGACGCCGAAGUCGACAUAGUGUGGCAACAAACUUUUGUCUCAUUGUACAGUGCCUUUUGGGGGUGAUAGCAUCACUGUGUGAACGGGAGUUCCGUCGGUGGUCAUCAGGGUGUAGAACUCGAAGAAAGUAAUUUGAAAGUUGAAGUCGAUGAUGCGUCUCACCCUCUGCUCUUCUGCAGAGAAGACUUUGCAAGAUUGCGAAGAGAGAAAAUUUGUCCUGAUGACCGUUCGAUGAUGGGAUAGUAUCGGGUAACCGUCCUGAUGACCCUCUGCUCUUCCGCCGGCUAUCGAGUGGCGGCGUGCGUCUUUGAAGGCUGCUUGUGGUAUGGGUUUUGUGCGAAACAACAUUCGCAGGUCGGGUUAGGUGAAGUUAGGUGAGCGCGCAGCCCAUGUGGCUGAGCGGUACACACAAGUAAACGGUUGAUGAACAGAUCGUGAGUUCGAAUCCCGGUCGAAUCAGGUGGACAAAGUGAAAUUGGGGACUAUGCAACCCUUUAAAAAGAAGAGAAACCUUUAAGGGGAUGAUGAUGAUAUUGCUGCAAGAUGAAGGUUGGCGCAAGUGAAACCGGAAGAGCUACAGGAACGUGCGGUCGCUGAGAGAGAGAUGUGAACCCGCUGAGCUUGUGGAGAUCAGGUCGACUGCCCGCCCUCUCUCUACCUGAGCAGGCGGGAAGAACAUGUGUGAAUCUGCCCAGAGAACUAGGAGAAACAAGCCAGGACGCUGCAAAUCUGCGAUACUGAAUCGGAAAUUGUUAUAGAGUCCAUCUUCUUGUGCCUCGUUGUUGUCGCCAACUUGUCGGUCACGGUCUGUGCAAUGACAGGUAGACCGAUACAGAGAUACUGACUCAGAAAUUGCUUUGGAGUCCAUCUUCUUGUGCCUCAUCGUUGUCACCAAAUUGUCGGUUACUGCCUGUGCAAGGACGGCGAGACUGAUAGAGCGAUACCGAAUCAGAAAUGUUGUUGACGUCAAUGCAAAGUAUGUCGGCGGUUGUGAUGCGGUUGAAUGUCGGCAGUGCGACCUGGACGAGUUCGGGAGAGACUUUGAGAGUGCCUGGAUGAAGCUGGUUUCAGGAUGAAGUUGGUUUCCACUCUGAGCACUCUCGAAGAAGACUCGCCAUCGCUGGGCAUCUGAUAAGUCCACCUUUUUUUUCUGUGUUUUUUUUUUUGUUGACAGAGUCUACUUCGAUGAUUAGGAGAAGGACAAAAUUUGCACUUCUAUUGAACAAGAGGUGGGAUUCGUCGGCUUCCCGCCGGCAUGUUCGAAGCACGGAUCUACCGUUGAAACCUGAAAGAAUAUUUAUAUGCAGUAUUAUUUAUGCACAUAGUAGCCGCAUAGAUAAUCACAAGAGAAAGCCAAGGAUGUGUCUUCGGUUCAAGGAUGAAUCGAUGAAUCAUCAAAUGAUAGAUCGAUCGAUCGAUCACGCAUUUGCAACUGUAAAUAGUGUCACAAAAAGUUCUCGACGUGAAGUUUUUUUUUUGUUUGUUGGGUGAGGGUUAUUCUGACUGUAGUCGUUCGACCGCAAAGGAUCGGGAACUAUGAAGGCUGAGUGUCUGAUCUAAUAUGCUUUGCUUAGUCGAGAGCAAGACUGUACGGCCGUCUGCUUGGCGUUUUUUCUUUUUUCUUUUCCCUUCCCUCUAUGUUGUGCCGGUCUAUUUUGUGCCUUGUUAUAAUGUUUCUCUCCGCGUUAGAUUUGCCUGGCUUUGUGGCUAUAUGCCUAAGUAGCGACUGCAUGCCUGUUUAGCAAAAGCACCAUAUGGAGAUCGAGAUGAUUCGCCGCUUUUUUGCAAGGGAGAAGCGGACACCCGCCGAAUUGCAGUAUGCUUGAGGAGAAACUGCUAGCCAUCCAUAGUGCCAAUGACCGGGGUUCGUACUCGGGUCAGCCCUGCAGUCAGGGUGCGCUCUAAACGCUGUCUGUAAACGUGGUUGUUCGGUACAUUGUUGUACCUUCUCACUCUGCAAGUGAAGCAGGCAGCGUCAUAGCCGUAUCAACAUGUGGGUUCGUGCCAGCGUUUCUGUAGGCUUGCAAGUGAAGCAGGCAGCGUCAUAGCCGUAUCAACAUGUGGGUUCGUGCCAGCGUUUCUGUCAGUGCUCUAACCUCGGUUAAUAUUAACCUGGUCCUAGUCAUAUUAACUUUCACUGUGUGGUGAUAAAAUUUAUUUGCCACUUUGGCCCACUUUCACUGUAUUUUUUGGUAGGCUUCGACCUGGGUUCGUACCUGGGUCAGUCAUGCACCUUGUAAGCGUGCAUGACCUGGGUUCGUACUUGGGUCGUCGGCUUUGUUUACAGCGUUGUUUUGCAGUAGAGCUGGGAGGCAACGCAGGCUCUAUGGAAGCGAUGAAUUACGGGAGACAAAGCGGGCCGGAGCCUCUCUGGUUAUCAGCAGUGAUGUGAUUUAUCGUUUAUCCCAGUUUGCAUCCGGUGAAGGGAACAUGCAUGUCUGCAUUGAACUGAUGUACUUCUCAAUCGUCUUCUGCUGGCACCUGGGGUGAUCUGCCAACCGUGCUGGAGAGAGCGUGUACCUGCCAAGAAAUGAUGGGAUUAUGAGAGCUGCCGCAACCGCCAAAGUCGCUUAGUUGCAGAGAUUAACUGUAUGUACUCUCUCUCUCUCUCUCUCUCUCUCUCUCUCUCUCUCUCUCUCUCUCUCUCUCUCUCUCUCUUGCUGAUGUUUUUGUUUGUUUCAGGUCUUAUCCUUGUGUGUGUGUCUGUGUGCUUACGGCUCUAAAAUAUUGAGCUCGGAAAACAGCAGGUUUCCAAAGGACAUGGGAGUUCCACUGUCAUUUAUGAUUCGCAGGCGGCAUCUGAACAAUAUUUGGAUUCCAAGUUAGUUUUCUUUGUGAAAUUUGGCGACAGUUGUGCAAAACACAAGAGGGAAGAAAUUUCACGUGUUAGCUAGAACAGCGAAAGAAUAGUUGGCUGAAGUGGUGUCUCUGGUUUUGGGAAACGAAUUCCGAGACUGGAUGCUGGGAGGAGGCAUGAAGUGAAGAGCUGGCCCAGAAAGAGGCAGAGAGAGGAAUAGUGGAGGGAGUGUUGCUGAGUGGUGGUACGUAUAUAUAACUGUUCGUAUUCAGAACUUGAGCUUGAAUCCUAACGCAAUCCGAUGAAAACAUGAAGUUUGAGGAUAUCUGCGUUUGGCGCAAAAUCAAAACGGAACUUAGAA